AUGCUGGCACUGAUGUCACCUGUCCCCUUCUUCCUCUCACCUGAGGAGCCGGAGAAGCUGAUGGUGGCGCUGUCGCUGCUGCUGUCCUUCACCGUCUUCAUCGACUUCAUUGAGGGCAAACUGCCCCAGAACUCGGACAACAUCUCGUUCCUUGUCAUCUACCUGGCCGCCCUGUUCAUCCAAGCCUUUCUCGGCGUCAUCGGCAACACCAUCGUCCUAAUCCUCAACGCCCACGACACGCCGAAACCCAAGCCCAAGCCCAUCAGGGGAGACCACGCACCAGCCCACACAACCACAGCCCACCACACCACCAAUCUAUCCGUGACGAAGAACUCCACACCAAACAACAGCGACUGCCUGGGAUUCGAACCCCAGGAACAAACUACCCCCGGGGCUGCACCUUCUUCAAGAGCGUACAAGAUGAACAAAUGUUUCUUGGCUUUGAACACCACGGUGCUUCUGUUAAGCUCCUUCUUAGCGUGGUUCUUUAUACUUUAUUAG